GCCACCACCCCGCCGCGACCAUAGAGAUGAGCCUCCGGGCGCGCAGAGCGGCCGAGUAUGCAUUCAGAACGGGCGGCCGCGGCCAUAGAUAAGGCGGAAGUGCGGGCAGAGCGUCCCGUUGGCAGGUGGGCUGCGCCAAGGCAGCUCGUGUCGGCGCUAUGGCCUCCCGCGGGGGUCCCCGCGCCGCCGGCACCGAUGGCAGCGACUUUCAGCACCGGGAGCGCGUGGCCUCGCACUACCAGAUGAGCGUGGCGCUCAAGUCGGAGAUCAAGAAACUGAUCUACACACACGUGGGCAUCUGGCUGCUGCUGUUGGCCCAGAUGUGCGUGGGGCACCUCAAGCUGCUGCCCCACGACCAGGUGGCCAUGCCCUACCAGUGGGAGUACCCCUACCUGCUCAGCAUCCUGCCCUCCCUUCUGGGCCUCCUCUCCUUCCCUCGCAACAACAUCAGCUACCUGGUGCUCUCCAUGAUCAGCACCGGCCUCUUCUCCGUGGCUCCCCUCAUUUACGGGGCCAUGGAGAUGUUCCCCAUGGCGCAGCAGCUCUACCGGCAUGGCAAAGCUUACCGCUUCAUCUUCGGCUUCUCGGCCGUCUCUGUCAUGUACCUGGUGGUGGUGGUGGCCGCCCAGGUGCAUGGCUGGCAGCUCUACUACAGCAAGAAGCUGCUGGACUCCUGGUUCACCAGCACGCAGGAGAAGAAGAAGAAAUAAGCAGGGAAUGGGUGGGCUCUGUGAAGGGCUGGAGCUCCGCAGCCGGGCCCCGUGGGGCCGCGCUGGCGCAGCUCCGGUGGGUGAGGGUCCACGGGGACCAACGUCCGUGUCUGAGCCGCGCCACGGCUCUGUGCUCGCAUGCCGGAGGGUGCGGGGGACUCCCGGGCCGUGGGGAGACCCUGCUGCCCACCCCGCCUUGCUCUGUGUGUCGCUCUAUGGAAAUAAAGCUCCCUCCACGCUC